UUUCUGUAAUCUCCACCCCUUCGGUGCUAAGGAAAUUUUAGAGCAGAUUUACAUGAGCUACUCAGUCUACAGUUGGAGCCUAAAGGAACUCAGGAUUGGCUUUACUGGCAAAUUCUUCGCCACCUACCUUAUUUUCUUCUGUACAGCGUCCAACAGGAGACUGCAAGUGUGACACUAAUAUGAGGAAGCCUUUACAUGCCCCAGACCCUGGAGAACAUCAGGAGCCAGUCGGUUGUUGUGUUUAGAGGACUAUGCUCUCCUCGACACCGUAAGGCAAGUGCUCGUGCUAAACCAGCCAGAGCAGCCUCACAGCCAGCCUCAGCCUCCACCUAUGCAACAGCGAUGGAAUUGAUGCUCCCAGGUGCUGACAUGGGGCCCCAGAAGGACUCCUUCCCCCUGAGCAGAAGGCAUCACUACCUCCACGUCCGGAGAAAACUGAGGCCCAUAAGGAUUCUAGCUUUCGUCCUCAGCAUUGUGACUCUCAGCACAGUCUUCUCAUUGGGUGCCUUCCAGUGGACUACUUCUUCUACUGGGCGUGAUGGAAAUGGAGGGGAUCUACUUUCCUCCUCCCCCGCUGCUAUGUCCGGGGGAGACCUACUGCAGUCGGCCCCCCGCAGAACACUGCUCACCACCAAGCACCAGGGAGGCCACAACGUCUCUAUGAUGGAGGACAUGCCCGUGGCCAUGAAGUCUUCCAUGGAUGAGAUGAACCAGGGGGACUACCCCACGGAUCUCUUCAACCUGGAGGAGAGAAGGCAGGGGGCUGUGGGUCUGCACAUGUUUGGGAUGUUGUACAUGUUCAUCGCCUUAGCCAUUGUGUGCGACGAGUUCUUUGUCCCGGCCCUAACUGUGAUCACAGAGAAACUUCAAAUCUCAGACGACGUUGCCGGGGCAACCUUCAUGGCGGCCGGGGGUUCUGCCCCGGAGCUUUUCACUUCCGUCAUCGGGGUGUUCGUCUCCCACAGCAACGUGGGCAUAGGAACCAUUGUGGGUUCGGCCGUGUUCAACAUCCUGUUUGUCAUCGGGAUGUGCGCGUUGUUCUCCAAGGAGGUUCUCCAGCUGACCUGGUGGCCCCUCUUUAGAGACGUCUCCUUCUACAUCAUUGGUCUGUUGAUGCUCAUCCUGUUUUUUUUGGAUAACCAGAUCUUUCUGUGGGAAAGUAUCGCCUUGCUGAUGUGCUACUUGAGUUAUGUGACAUUUAUGAAGUUCAACGCAAAUGUAGAGACCUUCAUAAAGAGUAAAUUGGGCCAGAAUCAAGUAGAUGAGGUGGAGGCCGCUCCUAAGUUGGAGUCUGAUUCAUUGCUCUCAGAUGUUAUAUACUCAGAGUCACACUCUUACGGAGCCCAGGCAACCACGGGUGACGACGAAAACAAGUUGACGGCCAAGCCCCGUCUCCAGAGAGGAGGCUCAUCAGCCUCCCUCCACAACACCCUGAUGAGGAAUAGCAUUUUCCAGCUCAUGAUCCACACCCUGGACCCUCUCAGUGAGGGGGAGGGACUGGGGGGGCGAUUCAAAGAGAAGGCCUCCAUUCUCCACAAGAUGGCCAAACAGAAAUGUCAAGAUGGUGGGGAUGGGGAGAAACCCAACGGUGUCGCAGACAAAAACAUCCCCAACAGUUCCAACGUCACAGUGGAAGUCACUUCGCCUGCAAAUGGCGACGUAGGACCGGCGGAGGAGGAGGAAGAUGAGGAUGCUCCUCUGAGUUUGGAGUGGCCGGAGACGAACCGCAAACGAAUAACGUAUCUCCUUAUCCUCCCCAUCGUCUUCCCCCUGUGGCUCUCUCUGCCGGAUGUCAGGAGAGAGACUUCCACAAAAUUCUUCCCCAUAACUUUCAUUGGUUCCAUCUGUUGGAUUGCUGCCUUCUCCUACCUCAUGGUGUGGUGGGCUCAUCAGGUUGGAGAGACCUUCUGGAUUACAGAGGAGAUCAUGGGAUUGACCAUAUUAGCAGCUGGUACAUCAAUUCCUGAUCUAAUCACCAGUGUCAUUGUAGCCCGGAAAGGCCUUGGUGACAUGGCUGUGUCCAGCUCUGUGGGCUCCAACAUAUUUGACAUUACCGUGGGCCUGCCGUUCCCUUGGCUCAUCUACGGCCUGGUCAAUGACUUCAAGGCGGUGCAGGUGAGCAGCAACGGCCUGUUCUGCGCCAUCGUGCUCCUCUUCCUCAUGUUGCUCUUCGUCAUCAUCUCCAUCGCCUCCUGCAAGUGGAAGAUGAGCAAGGUGCUGGGAGGCCUCAUGUUUUUACUGUACAUCUUCUUCCUGGUAACCAGUGUCAUGCUGGAAGACAAGAUCAUCAUGUGUCCCAUCUCCAUCUGAAGGCCCCUCUUCAACCCCAACCUCCUGGAAACACAAACACACCUCUCUCUCACACACACAUACAGUACACAUGAUCAAUUGAUCCUCCCAUUGUCAAUGGGGGCUUCCAUUGGGAGGAGCAGUAGAAAACUAGCAUGACUUGAUUGAUUGAUUCCAAAUGCCUGAGCACAACCUGCAAAUGAUAAUUUGUGAACUUUGAGCAGGGCAGACGGACCUGUCGAUGAGGGAUUGAUUCACGAUGCUACUGCCCAAUGGGAUGGGUUUCUCCCCACAUCACAUGACCACAUCUGAGAGCUUCCAUUGGUUUAAAUCUGUCGUUAACUGACAAACAGGCGAUUGUAAUCACGCCCAUGUCGGAGAGUAGGGGACCACGUCUGGUUACUCUAAUCCAGAGGACGAUGUGAUAUGAUUAGAGAAUAGAUUUGAAUAUGUCAGGUAUCAACUGUCCGUCAAAUCCGUCAAAAACUUUGAUGGCUGUAUGAAGUGGAGCUCUGGAAAAGGUCCUGCAGGUCCUAACCAGAAAGUGGAACCUGGCAGAGAAAUGGAAGAGAGGUUCAUCAGAUGCAAGAAAUAUCAAGGCAUGAGGAACAUGGUUGGAUCCACCAACAGGUAGAUUAAAGAGCAGCGCCUCAGCUUUCACAGAGUUUACCGAACUCCAGUAAAUCGCGAUCAAUUUGCACAGGUCCUUGCUAUAAGAGUGUCUGAGGAUUGCGUGGAUCAAGCGGAAGUGUUUUUCUUGAUUUUUGUAAAUUAGUUUUCAGUUGUAUUUAUAUUACAAUUGCUUAAUUUGCAAAACCCAAAAGGUUUUUGUUCUCAAAUCAAAAUCUAGAAUUUGUACAGUUCUGAUUGGGCUUAUAACUGUUACAUGUUUGUAUGGACUUGCAAAGUUUGGAAAGGUAAAGGUGUAAAUGAAGAGAAAAUGGUAGUAAUAUGACGAGGGUGGUUUUGUUUGGGACAAUUUUGUGAAGUAAAUAUAAUGUAGUAUUUCUAAUUUAUCUUCUGUUUCUUAAACCCAACCCAUAUUUUCAAACUUGUUUGACAUAUAAUAUUAAGGUGAAUCCAGUUGAGCAAAUAUAUUGUACCUAAUGCUACAACAAUUUUAUGGUUGAAAAUGUAACAAUACCAUUUUUUUCCGGUAAAAGAUAUAUACACUGUGCUCCACUUAUUCUAUACGCAAAUCAGCUGAGGAACAUGACAAGUGUAAAUAGUUCAAACGGUCGACAGGUGUGAUGUAGGGACACACUUUUUCAACCCCUUUUAAUCAAAUGUAUUUAUAAAGCCCAUUUUACAUCAGCAGAUGUCAGCAGUCCUAUACAGCAGUCCUAUACAGCAGUCCUAUACAGCAGUCCUAUACAGCAGUCCUAUACAGCAGUCCUAUACAGCAGUCCUAUACAGCAGUCCUAUACAGCAAUCCUAUACAGCAGUCCUAUACAGCAGUCCUAUACAGCAGUCCUAUACAGAAAGACUAAAACCCCAAACAAUGCAGACGUAGAAGCAGAUGUGAAGUGAAAAUAUAUAUAAAGGGGUUGUGAACUCUGUACAAAUGAUCAGUUUUCCAUGUUUGAUACAGUUUGUAUGCUUCAGAAUCAUAUCGGGAUAUAAAUAUCUAUUUUUGAUACGUAAUUUGUUUGCUUGUUUUCUCUGUAUAAUAGAGCAAACAGUAACAUGUAUAUCUGAAUAACAUCCUGUUUUUUUCUCUCACAUGUGAUCAACUGAACAGAAUAAGGGGUUUAAGAUUUUAUAUGGACCAAAAGCAAAAUAGCAUGUGAAUGAUAUUCUCAGAAUAAUCGAUAGUUAUACACUGUAAAAAAAAAAAUCUAUAUGUUUCUUCUCCACUAUAAGAUCGAUCAUAAAAAAUGUCAAACUAUUUAGUUGCUUCAGAAUUGUUACCUUACCGUUGCUGUAUGGGGCUUGCCCUUUGACUGGCAAUGGCAAACCCUAUCCCUAUCACAGGAUUCUCCAACCAUGUUCCUGGCGCGCUACCUAGGUUUCCAAUCCAACCACAGAUGUAACUAACCUGAGUCAGUUGAUCAACCAACUAAUUAUUAGAAUCAGGUGCGCUAGAUUAGGGUUUGAGCGAAAAUGCAUAAGACGUUAGCUCUCUAGGAACAGGUUUGGAGAGCCCUGCUCUAGCACAUGAAGCAUACAGUAUGGGCAUCACCACAAUUAAGUUGUUUUCUUAUAAAUAAUUGUUAAGAUAACAAGCCCAAUUUUGCAAUACUUGUACCAUAAUAGUGACUUGUUAUAUUAUCACAUCCUAGUGGGCAAAAGUGGUGUAAAAUAUGUCUUUUGGAAAGAGAUGUGCAGAGGAAACAACGUAUUUUGAACCAUAUUUGCUCACUGGGAUAUGCUAUAUGUGAUUUUUAACAAUAAUAAUUGAACCAUCUGAGACUGAAUAGGCAACAACAACAAAAAGAUCCACUAUAUUGACAACUAAAAUAAUGGAUUAUCUUUGCUAAAAGAUUUUCCAUGUACUACUGUAACCCCUUUCACUUUUUGUUAAUUUCUCUAAGCCAAUUUCAUCAUUGUCAAUUUUGUUUUCUCUCGCGAAUGCAAUGUGUAUGCAUACAAACAGUUUGUAAACUGUAAUGUAAACUGAUAAUGAUAAUUCCAUAUUCUGUUUAGACCAAUAUCACUUCCACUGCUUUAGGGUUUAAUGUUAUUGAGAUGUAUAGAACAUGUUUAAAAUACAGAUAGCGUUCAUGACUUUAGACAUCCACGUUGCAUUAAUAAAGAAACACUUUCAUAUA